CGCUGCCGCCGCCGCCGCCGCCGCCGCCGUGGCUGAGCUUUCUUUCUCCGCCUGGGGGGAGAAAUUAAACCCAACCCCAAAGCUUCCUUCUGCAACUCCUGUCAGCGGCAAGAUUCCAGCUUGCAAGAAUUUCCCACGAUGGAGUGUGAAGACCCAGGUAUUGUGGAGAUCCACGACUCGGAUGAUGGAGGGAUCGUGAGGAGAGUCUACGUAGCUGAGAGAGAUGUGGCAAGUGAGGGUGAAGAUUUCCUGGAGCAUGAGCUCAGGCAGCCCAGCUGGAAGGCAGGUUCACAACAGGAUGGGUCUGAAAUGGAACAGCAGCGGAGCCCACUACCCCCUGGAAGCUACGACGACAGUGAAGUGGCGGUCGCGACCACGGUGGUCCAGCGUUCUGGCAAACAGCGCCCAUUCAUCUGCAACGAGUGUGGCAAGAGCUUCAGCCACUGGUCAAAGCUUCUGCGGCAUCAGCGCACGCACACCGGAGAGCGCCCCAGCACCUGCUCCGACUGUGGCAAGAGCUUCUCACAGAACUCGCACCUGGUGCAGCACCGGCGCACCCACACGGGCGAGAAGCCCUACGUCUGCCGCGACUGUGGCAAGAGCUUCAGCUGGAGCUCCAACCUGAUCCAGCACCAGCGCAUCCACACGGGGGAGCGUCCGUACACCUGCGCGGACUGCGGCCGCAGCUUCACCCAGAGCAAGAACCUAGCCAAGCAUCGGCGGACGCACACAGGCGCACGGCCCUUCCGCUGCCCCGAAUGCGGCCGUGGCUUUGCACACACUGCAGGUCUGGUGAAACACCAGCGCCUGCGCCAUGACAGUGACUCCCCCAUUGGCCACCCUUGCCCAGAGUGCGGGCAGCGCUUCCGGGCCCCUUCCGAGGUAGAACGUCACCGCGUCGCCCACCACGGCGUUGCCCCCUCGGAGCCCUUCAUCUGCGUGGAGUGUGGAGAGUGUUUCUCUAAGAGUACCACGCUCGUCCGCCACAAGAGAGUGCACAAGCCGAUCUUUGUACACUGACCUCGGCCUUCUGUGGGAUGGGACGUUCUGACCGGGUACUUGGGCUUGUAGCCUGGAGUCUUCAGACUGGAGUACAGGGAGACUUUCUGACUCUAGUCCAGGCCUUUCUUGAUCAAAUCAAAGGCCCCAGUGGGAGCGAUGAGCAAACCCACUUCAGUGAGGAGGAGACUGGGCCAAGAGCAUAGAUGUCGCUCACUCAGUGGGAGAGACUGCUUGGAGCCCAGAGGACUUGCCUGUGGGGCGAGAUCAAUGUGGAGGACAAUUCUCACUGACCUUCUGAGAGCCAGCAAGGCUUGGCCCUGUUGCUGUAUAUAACGUGGGGGGUAUUCGUUAGCUAGAAGCCAUAGUAGGAAUCUACAGGGGGUGGGUGGGAAAGAGAUCCACUCUCUAAACAAAGUAAUCAGACUUGAAUGGGGCUCUGGAGGAAGGCCGCUUCUUGGCCAAAUUAGGGUGCCCUGGAAAGGUGGAUUCUUUGCUCGCUGGGCACUUGGAGGGGGUGAGGAAGCAACAGAGAGGGGAAAGAGUCUUGUGAAUAAACG